AUGGCCUCGCAAGGACAGCGGAGUGUCAAGGCGCACUACUCGUCGCCAGACGGGACUCACGAGUUCACCAUUCCGAUCAAUGCUGCUUGCGCCGAUAACCCCGCCACAGCCGAGCGCACCAAGUACCUCUCUGAACUUCGCGCCAAUACCAAGACGCUGCAAGCCGACGUCAACAAGUUCCUCACCGAGAAAAUGGCAGAAGACAAAGCUCGCGAUGUCAAAUCCUCAAGCAAAGACAAGCCGCAAGACGAGCUUGAAGAGGAGACUUAUGGUGAAGAACAAGCUCAAGAGGACGACUGA